UGUGUUUGUGUGUGUGAGAGAGAGGGAGAAGGAGAGAGAGAGAGAAGGAGGGAGAGGCAGGUGGAAAGGGGGAGGGGUCUGGGGUGGUCCAGACAGUCGCUCCUUGUGUACCUCACACACUCUCAGCCUCUGCUGCGCAUCAUUUAAGAGGAGCCCGGCUGUCGCUUUCUCCGGUCAGUCUCACGGUCUGUGCUGCUUUAUACAACUAGACCGCUUGCUUUUUCGCUUCUCCACAUUUUUUCUUUUUUUUAUCCUGUCUCCGAAACCAGUCGAUGAACUUAGACCUCCUCACCACCUUUAUAUGGAAAAUACGGCUCUUCAAGGCGCAUUUGGUCUCUCCUACCCGAGAGGAAGCGCACGGAGGAAAACGGUUGAGGGCUAAAUGAAAGCAGCCGUGAUUCAUGGACGCACAGCGCAUCAUGAGAAUACUACAACUACCAACAAGGGAGGACCUGGCAUGGACCGCCGUGUCUAAAUGAAGUGGUUCAGCCAUGCAAUGCUCCUGGAAGGCAGUGAUUCUGCUGGCCUUGGCCUCCAUUGCCAUCCAGUACACGGCCAUCCGGACACUCACCUCCAAGCCUUUCCAGCUGUGCCCGCUGCCCAGCCCCCAGAACUGUGGUCUCGGGGGCCAGGAGACAGACCCUCCCUUUGAGCGGGGUGCGGCAGGUGGUGGAGGCUGUGACGACUACCCUUACUUUUCCAUCAAUGCUACACGCAAAACGCACAUCCUGGUCCUGGCCACCACCCGCAGCGGCUCCUCAUUUGUUGGCCAGCUGCUCAACCAGCACCAGGAGGUGUUCUACCUGUUUGAGCCUCUUUAUCAUGUUCAAACCACACUGAUUCCACGUUUGUCACACAGCCGCAAUGCUGCAGACCGGCGUGUGAUGCUUGGCGCCAGUAGAGACCUCCUGCGCAGCCUGUACGGUUGUGACCUCUACUUCCUGGAGAGCUAUAUCAAACCAACGCCCACCAACCACACCACAGAUAAGCUGUUCCGCCGUGGUGCCAGCCGAGCGUUGUGCCAGCAACCUGUAUGUGAUGCCUUUGGUCCUGCUGAUGUGAAUGUGGAGGAGGGGGACUGUGUUAAGAAAUGUACCACCCUAAACAUGACUUUGGCGACAGAGGGAUGCCGAGACAAGCGACACGUGGCAAUUAAAAUUGUUCGGGUGCCUGAGAUCGGAGAUCUACGCGCUUUGGUGGAAGACCCGCGGCUGAACAUCAAAGUGAUUCAACUCGUCAGAGACCCGCGUGGUAUCCUGUCAUCCAGGAUUGAGACAUUCAGGGAUACAUAUCGUCUGUGGCGCAUUUGGAGGGCCACAGGGCGAAGACCCUAUAAUUUAGAUUUGAGUCAGCUUACAGUUGUCUGUGAAGACUUCCUUAGUUCCGUUUCAACCGGUCUGAGCCAUCCCUACUGGCUGAAAGGGAAAUACAUGUUGGUUCGAUAUGAGGAUUUAGCCAGGAAUCCGCUUCUAAAGACAAAGGAGAUUUAUGAAUACCUGGGGCUGACUAUGGAUAAAAAUGUGGAGGACUGGAUACAUGCAAACACUCGAGGUAGCAAUGAGCCCUCGGCCAAACACAAGUUUGGUACAGUGAGAGACUCUGCAGCUAACGCAGAAAGCUGGCGUUUGAAACUGUCUUAUGAUAUGGUCGAAUACACACAGACUAUGUGUCAGAAAGUACUCCACCAGCUGGGAUACAAGGCUGUGAGAUCGGUAGAGGAACUGAAAAAUAUGUCCCUCUCACUGGUACAGGACAAAACUUUUGUACCUUUUUUGUAACAAAGAUAGUUCUCUAAUGACUAUUUUGAUAUAUUUAUAAUUGUUGCCUUAUAAUUUCCUUAGUUUAUUGGUUUUGUUUCUGUAAUUAUGUUUCUUCAAAUUUGCACUAAAUUUAAAAUAUUUUGAAUGCACCGGGGGACCUAUGGAUGAUGCCCUUUUGUUGCAGAACAGCACACUUUAAACACAAAGUACGUUAGUUUACAACUGUCUCAUUAUUUAGUUUUUUUCAUAAAUAGAACCAAGACAAGGUACUGUCUUCAUUAAUUUCUGGUAUGCAAGCUACUGCUCCAACAGAGCCCAAAUGUUGCCCUUUCUACACAUGAGACGGGGAGUCAGGAGAGGUUUGGUAAAGCAGAUGUUUUUUGUUUUUUUUUCUUAGACCUGUGAUGGCAGAAUUGGACUGUAUGAGCCCUACUGUGCAAUAAAUAGUGAAUGUCGCAGUCAACCUUUACCACUAUGGCAUUUCUAUCCAUGUGGGAAGAGAAGAAUUACUUCUGACAGAUGCUACGCUUGCAGAGGAUAAUUGCAGACAAUUAAUAGGCUCUCAAGUUUAAGGGACAGAAUCCCACUGGAUGUCACAAGUGUUUCAUCAGAGUAUUUACAGCCAUCUGUGAUAGACAAACACACUCUAAUGAGAGGUAAUGCUGAAAUCUUCAUUACUCUGGCCUAUUUAGAGAAUACGUCACAUUUGUCAAGAUGAUUACACCAUUCAAAACACGGAUGUAGACAUUUUAUAUCUAAUACGAAUAGACACUGAAACCUUCUGGUGAAUGUUAAUGAAUUGGCAUUUGUCAGUUGUAUUUAUUAUUGCUUCAUUUGUUUGUUUCUUUGUAUUUGGCAGAGGCAGUUAAUCAUGAAACGUUUACAAUGUGAGCUCAUCAAAGCCUUCUCUAUUUUCAGGUAUAAAUGAUCAUGCCUUUGUCAUCCACAUAUAAUAGAACAUUGAUUUGUCUUUUAAACGAAACAAAGAUGUCCGUGUUUUUAUCGCACUUUCAUAAGCAGUGAAGGUAUGAGACAGAAAAAUAUCCAGGAACAGAAAUAGUAAAUUCAUUCUCUCUCAAGUACUAUAACACAGCUCUUUUGACAGAUAUGAAUCUUUCAUGUGGAAUAUAAACAUAAAUCCAAUGUGAGCUGAGCAAGAUAUGUCUCUGUUGAACAGGCUGCACUGCAGAUUUUUCUGGGAGGUUUGGAUAGAUUAUAAUACCGUACAACACAACCAUAUUCAAAAAACAAUCUACAUUAGGUCACAUAUGAAUAGAGUAUUACGGUAAUGACUGUCUGUAAUCUGGAACAAAUCCUCUGAUCGUCAUAGAAGCAGUUGGCUAGAUGUUUUAUCCAUGUGAUGUUAAAGGAUAAAAACCAUGGUUGAAAUACAGAACAGUUCAGUCGGUGUGUC